AUGCCACCACCAACCCCCCUCUCACCGCCCGAACUCUCCUACCUCUACGCCUCCCUCUCCCUCUCCCCUCCAAUCCGUCUCGACCUACGAACGCCAACCCAAUUCCGGCCACUAGUCGCCGAAUGCUCCUUCCUCCCACACUGUAACGGCUCAGCGCGCGUCUGCAUGUCCGAAGCCGGCGAAUGUAUCGUCGGCAUCAAAGCAGAGAUAGAAAAAGACGCAACGACAAAAUACGUCACUGUAAUCGAGCGUGAGAAAUGGAUUGAAGUUUCUGUUGAAGUUGCUGGUGGUGGGGCAUCGGGACCGGGGAGUGGAAUGGGUAUUGGUGGGAUAUCGGGCGCUGGUGGAGCUACUGGUAGAGAUGAAGGAGACGGUGGGGCGGCGGUUUGGUUGAAGGAGGGUUUGUUGGCUGGUGGAGCUGGUGGAUGGAGUAUUUUAGACCGGUUGGUGAUUAGUAGUGGAUGGCAUUGGAAGCUUUAUAUUGAUGUAUUGCUUUUAACACCGACUUCACAUCCUUCACCGCUAUUGCUAUCGACGGCUGUGAAUAUGGCACUUGAUUCGACAUACCUACCAAAACUCACAUCACCCCACGAUGUUGAUGAUAUUCCUACGUUUUCAGAUGACUGGGCGAUUUCUGUGCCUUUAUACGAACCUAAGACAUUCCCUCGACCGCCAAUGUCUCUACCUGUUGUCGCAGUUGGCGAUAACGUCUUUUUAGAUCCAAGUGUUGCUGAGGUCGCAGCUGCGGAAGCAGGGUUGGUUGUUACCCUCUCAUUAUCGGAUGCACAAGGAAAUUGCGAUAUUGUCGGAGUAAGAAGCAUGGAGGUCGGUCGAGGGGGUGGUAAGGAAGGCGAUCGAAAGGGUAUCAAUCGAAAACUACUGCGACAGAUGGUCAACGCUUGUGUUAAGGAAGCUGGCGAGGUCAUCAAAGGUGUCGGCGAAACGACGCAUCAGCAAAUGUUCCGAGCUUGA